GAUGGUGUGUCUUUUAUCAUCCUGCACAAAGAAGGUGGGAUAGACAAAUUCGCAGGAAAUUGUUUAAAUAUAAGGAGAUUGCAAAAUAACAAUAGAAACAAUACUAGUGAAAGAAAAGUCUAUAUAUUCUUCCAGAACCCCUAUGGGCUUCGUCUCGGUCUGUUGAAUCUACAUCACCUAACUACAAGGUUAUUACUCAUAGCUUUAACAAGAAACUGACAGCAACAAUAUUCAAGAACUUCUCAAAUAUCCCACUCCAUAAUGUCUGCUUCAAGGCGUACAACACCACCAAGAUGCAACCCUCCAUGCCCUAGUCCAAGGCCUACAACUCCAGAGCCUACAACCGACCCACGCGCCGAUACUGAACUGAAGGGUUCCGAAUUCUGGGAAGUCUUUAUUCAAGAGGUUCCGAGAGUGCCAACAGUGGAUGAGCUCAUCUGCAGAGUCAUCGGCAUGAGCUAUCCCGAGGGGAUGUGCAGGGAUAGACAGGGCAACCGUAAACCCCUUCCCGGUACUUACGAAGCCAUGACCAAACAGGUCUUGUCCACCCUCCAGAUCGCUAUCGAUUCUGAAAGAGAGUUCUGGAUCAGACAGUGCCGGGGAAAAGGUGUGUAUACGCCCUACGCCUGGGCUGUAAGACUGAAUGCCAGCAUUGCGUUGGAGGAAGCCGAGGCUCUGAUCUUGGAGGCCCUUCAAUGGACGGGAAAUAUCGAGGGGUUAUAUAUGCUGUACUGGGAUGCUUUCGAUCGAACUGUGCAGUGCUGUCAGCGGGAAAAGCGCGAGAUCCUGUGGGCGCCGUUUAAUAGUGUCGGUAGCGAUUUGUCUGGGUCGCUUGAAGAUGUUUCGCGUACACGUAGUGGAAAGCGGUUUUUGCGAACGGGAGAAAGUGGCUUGAACUGAUUUGUUUCUUGUUAUUAGGUGGUAGAAGAAUGAGUAGCUAAAACUUAUACUGACUCAGUUCACAUUAUCUCCUCUUGAGAUAGAAUAUGAUUUAAAUUAGCGACUGUAAUACCAUAACACGUGCCGUGUAUACUUUGUGUUCUUCGUGUGUCACCUGUAGACAUCUAUGGGUUACUUUGAACUCCUCUUGCGCGAAGAGGUCAGAGUUUCAGUUACCUAGUAGUAGCAAACAUAGCGUCUCAGCGACCAGACCUCUUCCACAAUACCAGCAGUAGUACUUGGACUUCCAAUCCUAGGCAACGGUUCACUGUAUGACGUGUUAAUAUCAAGCAAACAUAGCCCCUUGUAUACAAGUUACAAAGCAACAAAGCAACAAAGUCACUACUACAAUCACCCAAGCAACGCCGGCGACCUUAGUGCAUAGGACAUUUCGCAUCGUUUCUGGGAGACUUUUCGACAUUAAGUCCUGAUUUUGCUUACCUACUCUCAAUUUUCCACGCUCCUUCUCUUCUCGAGUUCAGCGCGGCCUCUACAUCAACGGCUAGCAGCCACGUAACCUUACGCACGAUGGAAACUGGCGUGUCCUACAAUGGCUUUGCUCCCCAUACUUUUGAUGUUGAUGAUGGUG